GUCUAGUACUUUAUAUAAAACGGGUCAACACGUCUCUGUGUCUCUAAACUGAAAACUCUGUGUCUAGGCCUUCCAUACCCAAUGCCACCCCUUCUCAAUUGUGAGUGUAGCUUUGAGAAGAAAGAGCUUAGAGAGAUGGAGAUGGAUAUGUACAGAUGUGUGGAAUGUGGGUUUCGGAUCAAAACACUGUUCGUGCAGUACUCACCUGGAAACAUCCGACUCAUGAAAUGCUUGUUGACAGAUGUCUUUCUUGGCAAUCUUUUGUUUCUUGGUACUUUUCUUCUUGCAACAAAGAUAUUUCUGAGCAAAUCAGCUGGAAGCCUAAGGAUUAAAGAUAUUUUGCUUGCAAUCUUGAUUUCAAGUUACCUCAAGAUGUUUCUUAUCGUCAUGAUGGUCUGGGAGUUUCCAUCUUCUGUGAUUUUCAUCACUGAUCUAUUUGUUUUAUCAUCCAACACAGUGGCAGUAAAAGUGAUGACUGAAUCAGCUAUGAGUAGAUGCAUAGGAGCCUGCUUCAGUGCACAUGCUGUUAAGAUUUUCACCACUCAGGAAGGACUGGCAAAAAUAAAAGAAGUUCUUGAUACUGUGAUGAAUAUUUAUAUGAAGACUAUGACUGAAGAUGAUGACAAGGAAGUUGUCGCUCAAGCUUGUAUGAGCAUAGCUGAUAUCAUCAAGGAAUAUGGAUACGUGGCCAUUGAGCAAUAUGUGCCUCGGCUUGUUGAUGCUACUUUGGUAUUGCUCCGAGAAGAAUCUUGUUGUCAGCAAGAAGAAUCUGACGGUGACAUUGAUGAUGAUGAUACCAAACAUGAUGAAGAGCUUAUGGAUGCAGUUUCUGAUCUUCUUCCUGCAUUUGCCAGGUCCAUGGGUUCUCAUUUUGCACCUAUCUUUGCAAAGUUAUUCGAUCCUUUAAUGAAAUUUGCGGUAGAGAGCUGCACGCCCUCUGCAAGAUCGUACUAUGGUGGUUGCUUGCCUCGCUGAAGUAGCUCAGGAUAUGGGUCCUCCAAUUGCUGCCUAUGUCGAUGUGCCUUGAUAAAGCCGCUGUAGUGUCAGAUGCUGAGAUCAAAAGUGAGGAAUUCUCCAAUCCAUGGAGGCUUUGCACUGUAACACAGGUGGAAGAAUUGAAGAUUUUGAUCCGCAUGUUUCCAAUCUAGGCUACUGGAAUUGUCUUUUCUGCUGUUUAUGCCCAGAUGUUUACAAUGUUUGUGGAGCAAGGAAUGAUGAUGGACACAAGCAUUGGUUCUUUCACCAUUCCCGCAGCCUCUCUCUCAUCCUUUGAUGUCAUCAGUUUUAUUUUUUGGGUCCCCAUGUAUGAUAGGGUAAUUAUUCCAAUUACAAGGAAAUUUACUAGCAAGGAGUGAGAUUGUAUUACAAGGUUUAUAUUAUGAGAUUUGUAUUACUGGAAAGGUUUGCUCUGUAGAAAUUUGUAUUACAAGAUUUAUAUUAUGAGAUUGCGGGAUCUGCAUUUACAAAGUUGGACAGUAAUGCUCUUGGUGUAUUUUAUAAUAAUGUUAUAUUAAUAAUUUAAAAAUGCAAUACAUUUUGUUUUUAAU